GAAUGAGCGCUAGCACACCUUUCGAUAUGCCUAUCACGAUACGCAAAGCCUUGGAGACAGACGCCCCAUCUCUAUCCCGAAUAUGCCUUCUUACUGCAAACGCAGGAUCUACUGCUGAAGCUCUGCACGACUUUGGGGAACUCCCAGGACUGGUCUAUGCUGUCCCGUAUGUGAAACUUCCAACGACCUGGGGCUUUGUGAUGGUCGACGAUCUUCGUGAUGAUGAGGUAGUCGGCUACAUCGUCGGAUCCACAGACACUCGUGCAUUCGAGGCCUACGCAGCAGAACACUGGUGGCCCCAGUUAGCAGAGAAGUACCCGCCGUUGUUGGCCAAAAAACCAGCGGAUGAACAAUACAUGAACCUUUUGCGGAACAUGCAUACGGGAUCAGAUGCUUGCAUCAAACUUUCUCCUGCUCAUAUGCAUAUUAAUAUCCUGCCGUCGUACCAGAAACAAGGAUGGGGGAGGAAAUUGAUUGAUACGGCGGCUGAUUUCCUGAAAGGCCAAGGUUUAGAUGGUGUCUGGCUGGGUUUAGACCCGAGAAAUAAUGGCGCGAGACUCUUUUAUGAGAAAAUGGGCUUCACGCAUGUGGAUGGAGCUCCAGAUAAUAAUAUGGGCAUAAAAUUCUGAGGCAGACGAGGAAGAGCAGGAUCUAGCAGGAUGUUUGAAUUCUUAUCUUAUCUAGAUUAGAUUAGAUUAGCAAUCACAACGACCUUUUAAAAACUUCAA